AUGGCUGGCCGUCCUGGUCCCCGCAGCCAGGAAGGCAUGUACGUCUCCUCCUCUCCCACAUCCGACCAGGACCCCUUCAGCAACGCCCAAGCGGCGGAUGGACGCUAUUACGAUAACGACUCGGACAACUACAACAGGCGGGACACGUACAUGUCGGACUCCAGCCAGAACGGUCUGAACGACGAUGACCGCUACUACGACCACCAUGGCGCAUACGACCCGUACGGCCCGCAACCCGACACAGAUUCGGAGGCGGAGAUGUACGGUGCAAAGUAUGCACCCUCUGCAGAGUCGCUCGGCCCUCCGCGAAUGGGGAUGUCGGAGGCAUCGACGCCAACGUAUCUCGAUUCUACCGGCGCCGCGGGCACGAGGGAAGCCUACCCAUCAUGGAGUUCAGAACGCCAGAUCCCGCUAUCCAAGGAGGAGAUUGAGGACAUUUUCCUCGAUCUUACGCAGAAGUUUGGCUUCCAGCGGGAUUCGAUGCGGAAUAUGCUACUCGACAGCCGCGCGUCGCGCAUGUCGCCGAACCAGGCGCUGCUCACACUUCACGCAGACUACAUCGGCGGCCGUCACGCGAACUACCGCAAGUGGUACUUCGCGGCGCAGCUGGACCUUGACGACGCGGUCGGUCAGACUCAAAAUCCUGGCCUGCAACGCCUCAAGUCGACCGCGUCGGAGAAGUCGCUGCAGAGCGCGAUGGAGCGAUGGCGGCAGGCGAUGCACAACAUGAGCCAGUACGACCGCGUGCGGUUCGUCCCCGAGUGCUUGUGCUUCAUCUUCAAUGCGCGGACGAUUACUACCGGUCGCCCGAGUGCAGAACAGGAUGGAUGCUGUGCCGGAGGGUCUAUACCUGCGAACAGUGUUUGUGCGGAGGGAAGGGAUCACGAUAGCAUCAUUGGAUACGACGAUGUGAACCAACUGUUCUGGUACCCCGAGGGCAUCGCGAGGAUUGCCCUCGUUGAUAAGCGGUUCAUGCAGUUUGAGCGGAUCGACUGGAACCGGGCGUUUUUUAAGACGUACUACGAGAAGCGCUCGUUUGGACACCUGCUAGUGAACUUCAACCGGAUCUGGGUCAUUCACAUCGCGAUGUAUUUCUUCUACACGGCAUACAACUCACCGACGCUCUACAAUGGAGCCAACUCUGCGGCGAUGCGCUGGUCCGCCACCGCGCUCGGCGGCGCUGUCGCGACUGCCAUAAUGAUUGCUGCGACGCUGGCCGAGUUUUCGUACAUCCCCACGACAUGGAACAACACCUCCCACCUCACACGACGUCUCAUCUUCCUGCUCAUCACUCUCGCACUCACCGGCGGUCCUACGAUCUAUGUCGCGAUUGCGGAGGGUAACUCUCCGGGCGGUUCUUUGGCGCUCAUCCUCGGUAUCGUCCAAUUCUUCAUCUCGGUCGUCGCGACGCUCCUCUUCGCCAUCUUACCUUCGGGACGGAUGUUUGGUGAUCGCGUGGCGGGCAAGUCUCGGAAGUACCUCGCGAGCCAAACAUUCACAGCGAGUUAUCCGGGCCUCUCCCACACCGCCCGGCUCACGUCUAUCCUCGUCUGGGUGCUCAUCUUCGGCCUCAAGUACACGGAGUCAUAUUUCUUCCUCACGCUCUCGUUCAAAACUCCGAUUCAGGUCAUGGUCGGGAUGAAGAUCCAGAACUGCAAUGACAGAUACUUCGGAAAUGCGCUCUGCAGGAACCAGGCGGCGUUCACGCUCACGAUCAUGUACCUGAUGGAUCUCGUUCUCUUCUUCUUGGAUACCUUCUUGUGGUGGAUCAUCUGGAACACGGUCCUCAGUAUCGUGCGCUCGUUCGCGCUCGGGUUGUCGAUUUGGACGCCGUGGAAGGACAUCUUCACACGGCUGCCGAAGCGGAUUUACGCCAAGCUACUUGCUACGGCGGACAUGGAGACGAAGUACAAACCCAAGGUGCUCGUCUCGCAGAUCUGGAACGCAAUCAUCAUUUCAAUGUACCGCGAGCACCUACUCUCGAUCGACCACGUGCAAAAGCUGCUCUACCACCAGGUCGACGUCGGCAACGACGAGCGACAAGGCCUGAAGGGCGAGUUCUUCACUCCCGGCAGCGAGGCAGAGCGUCGCAUUUCGUUCUUCGCGCAGUCGCUGACGACCGCGGUCCCGGAGCCUAUCCCUGUCGAUGCGAUGCCGACGUUCACGGUCUUGACGCCUCACUACAGCGAAAAGAUCCUUCUCUCGUUGCGUGAGAUCAUCAGGGAAGAGGACCAAAACACUCGGGUCACGCUCCUCGAGUACCUCAAGCAGCUGCACCCGGUCGAGUGGGACAACUUCGUGAAGGAUACCAAGAUUCUCGCUGAGGAGUCGGCAAUCUAUAACGGCACGAGCCCGUUCGGCACCGACGAGAAGGGCCAAUCCAAGGCUGACGAUCUGCCGUUCUACUGCAUCGGGUUCAAGAGCGCGGCUCCGGAGUUCACUCUGCGGACGCGACGUGACCUCGGUUUCGGCACCAUCCUCAAUUUCCAGACGAAGAUCGGUACGGGUAUGGGCGAGCAGAUGCUCAGCCGAGAGUACUACUACCUCGGAACGCAGCUGCCCAUUGACCGUUUCCUGACGUUCUACUACGGUCACCCCGGUUUCCACAUCCACAACAUGUUGGUCAUCUUGUCCGUGCAGAUCUUCAUCACGACGAUGGUCUACCUCGGAACGCUCAAGGGUCAACUGACGCUUUGCGAAUACACGUCAUCCGGCGCGUUCAUCGGCGUGGCAGGCUGCUACAACCUCAGCCCGGUGUUCCAGUGGAUCAACAGGUGUAUCAUCAGUAUCUUCUUGGUGUUCCUGAUCGCGUACUUGCCUCUAUUUUUACAAGAACUUGUUGAGCGUGGUACCUGGAAGGCCGUCAUACGUCUGAGCAAGCACUUCGCGUCCCUGUCGCCCGCGUUUGAAGUCUUCUCAACCCGGAUCUACUCACAUUCGAUUGCGAGCAACCUGACAUUUGGUGGAGCUCGCUAUAUCGCGACGGGACGUGGGUUCGCGACGACAAGAAUCUCAUUCAGUAUCCUAUACUCGCGUUUCGCUGGCCCUAGUAUCUACCUUGGUAUGAGGCAGUUGGUGAUGCUACUCUACGUCACAAUCACGCUGUGGACUGGAUGGGUCGUCUACUUCUGGGUCACCGUCCUUGCACUCUGCAUCUCGCCAUUCCUUUUCAACCCGCACCAGUUCUCCGCGGCGGACUUCAUCGUUGACUACAGGGAGUUCUUGCGUUGGAUGAACCGGGGAAAUUCUCGAGUCCACCAAAACUCAUGGAUCGGCUACUGUCGUCUCUCACGGACGAUGAUCACUGGUUACAAGAAGAAGAAACUCGGACAUCCGUCUGAGAAGCUGUCCGGCGAUCUUCCUCGAGCAGGUUGGCGCGCCAUCAUGUUCUCGGAAGUCCUCUUCCCCAUCGCUAUGGCCAUCCUCAUGACGGUCGCGUACUUGUUCGUCAAGUCAUUCAAGGUCGACGGUCUCCAGCCGCCGAGCCCACUCGUGCGGAUUGCCAUCGUUUCUCUUGGCCCCAUCGUCUGGAACGCGGCGAUUCUUUUGGUCCUCUUCAUGUUCUCACUGUUCCUCGGACCAUUGCUUGACACGCCCUUCCCGAAGUUUGGUUCGUUCAUGGCCUUCCUCGCGCACUCACUGGGUGUCGUGGGCAUGAUUGGCUUCUUCGAGUUCCUGUGGUUCCUCGAGUCCUGGGACGUCGCCCAUGCUGUGCUAGGACUCAUCGCCGUCAUCUACAUUCAACGCGCGAUCCACAAGGUCCUCAUCUCGGUGUUCCUCUCCCAUCAUCGAGUUGUCACUUUGGAGCUCUGA